UUGAAAAAUUUACGACGUCUAAAUUUGGACAAUAAUGUACUUUCUGAUAUAACAUGCGUAUGUAAACUUAAGACAUUAAGAGAAUUAAGAGUCAAUAAUAAUUUCUUAGGAACAUUAACAAUGGACAUUGGAAAAUUAACCAAGUUGCGAUUAUUAUAUUUAGACAAUAAUCAACUUGUAACUUUACCUUCUUCAAUCGGUCGAUUAAAAUCUUUAUGUGUAUUACGUUUAAACAACAAUAAUAUCGAAGAUCUACCAUUAUCAGUAUGUUCAUUGCGUCAGUUAAAAGUUUUAGAAUUGAAGUCAAACUUAUUAACACAAUUACCAGAGAACAUAAGAGAAUUGGAAAGUUUAGCAAAACUUGAUGUACGGGAAAAUGGUUGUUUGCUGGAGGUAGUAUCAUGA